AUGGGCUCCAUGAACAACUGGUUAGCCUUCUCUCUGUCCCACCAUGAUCUCCCACCUUCCCAAACUCAUCACACUGACCCUUCAUCCACUGCUGUCUCCGGCCUUAUCUCCGGUGAUGAUGUCUCUGCUGACUGCUUCAACCUCUCCUCAGACUCUCCUCCACCUCCUCCUCGUCUUCCCAUCCCUUCUCUCAGACAAGACCCCUCUUCUUUUGCCUUUCUUGAAUCCUUCUCUAGACCUCAAACCAAUGAAUGGGGAAUGAAGAGCUUGGGAUUUAAAGGGAGCUCUUCAGAGCUAUCCAUGGUGGUUGGUUCAAAGAACAAUACUGGUUUGGAAGAUGAAGAGCCAAAGCUUGAAGACUUUCUUGGAGGUCAUUCUUUCACUCAUCAUCAACAUCAACAUCAACAGCAACAUCAUGAUCAUGGUGGCAGUUGUGUCAAUGACUACAUGUUCAACAACUCUUCACUUGGUCAUGACCAGCUUCCUAAUUCUAAUCUGCCAUCAAAUAAUGCUCCUUCUCCGGCAUCGACAUCGGUACCGCAACCGGUGAAUACAGCGAGUUCUCAGAGUUUGUCACUGUCUAUGAGCACGGCUGGAGUUGAUGCUCAAUCUGGUGCUAGUACUGAUGCAGUGCCAAGGAAAUCUAUUGAUACUUUUGGUCAGAGAACUUCCAUUUACCGUGGUGUCACUAGACAUAGAUGGACAGGAAGAUAUGAAGCUCAUCUUUGGGACAACAGUUGCAGAAGAGAAGGCCAAACUAGGAAGGGUAGACAAGUGUAUCUUGGAGGUUAUGAUAAAGAAGAUAAGGCAGCAAGAGCUUAUGACUUGGCUGCUCUUAAGUACUGGGGAACAACUACAACUACUAAUUUUCCUAUAAGUAACUAUGAGAAGGAGUUAGAGGAAAUGAAGCAUAUGACCAGACAGGAAUAUGUUGCAUCUCUUAGAAGAAAAAGCAGUGGGUUUUCUAGAGGUGCUUCUAUCUACCGAGGUGUCACAAGGCAUCAUCAGCAUGGAAGAUGGCAAGCAAGAAUAGGAAGAGUAGCAGGAAACAAAGAUCUCUACUUGGGAACUUUCAGUACACAAGAAGAAGCUGCAGAGGCUUAUGAUAUUGCGGCGAUUAAAUUUCGAGGCCUCAAUGCGGUCACAAACUUCGACAUGAGCCGAUAUGAUGUGAAAAGCAUAAUGGAAAGCAACACAUUGCCGAUAGGUGGUGCGGCGAAGCGGCUAAAGGAGGUAACCGAGCACGGUGAAGCUAGCAUUGAUGGCCGAAGAAUCGAAGAUGUCACAAUAUCUCAACUUACUGGAGGAAUGACUACCUAUGCUUCUCAUUAUCACCACCAUGGUUGGCCUUCCAUUGCUUUCCAAAACACACAAGCAAUGAGUGUUUACAACCCUAACCCUAACCCUAACCCUAACCCUAAUUAUGUGCAACAAAGAGGGGGAUGGUGCAAACAAGAGCAACCAGUGAUCACUCACAGUUUGCAUGAUCUUCAUCAACUUCAGUUAGGGAACAACACACAUAACUUCUUCCAAACACCGGCGACGACAAUGCAUGGCUUCGUUAACGGAGAUUCUCCGUCGAUGGAACACAGUACUGGAUCAAACAGUGUUUACUAUGGAGCUGGUAAUGGAAGCUACAAUGGUUUGGUUUUGCCAGUGAAUAGUACUGUGGUGGUUGAUCAAAACCCUAGUGGCUUCACUGAAGAUGAAGUUAAGCCAUUAGGGUUUGAUGGGAUGAUGGCCAUUGGUGAUCCUUAUAAUAAUAAUAAUAAUAAUAAUAAUGCUUCAAGGAGUAGUAAUUUGUAUGGAUAUGAACAAAGCAGUGGGAAUGGGAGCAACAACAUGGCUUGGAUGCAAGCAGCAGUUCAGAAUGGGAAUGCAUCAUCUUUUAGGGCAAAUACAAACAAUGUGGGAGUGUGUCAUGGAGGUGCAGUAUUCAGUGUGUGGAAUGAUACUUAA